AUGAACAAAUCGCGAAGUGCCGCCGCUGGGUCUGCUGCAUCCCAUGGCUCUUCUUCCCACCAGCAGCUGCGCCACAUUUCCUCCUCCGCCAGUCUGAGCACCGCCGCGAGCAGUAACAACGUGGAGCUAUUUCAGCUGUGGGCGGUGCGAGACGAGACAAGCGGGGCAGGCUGCGAGGAGCACAUCUCAAAGGAGGGGAAGAUUCAUUUCUCUAGUACCGCUGCUACUGGUACCACGCUUGUUUCAGGGAUAAAACCGAGCCAGGUGUUGUCUCCCGCACAAGCGGCCGAAGCUCUGGCUGGACCACCUCGUAUCUCUCCGGUGAAGCUGUUGCACAAUACAGAGAGUGCCACUCCUAGCGAAUGUGGACAAAGCAAAGCUGCUAUACAGGACCAGCAAAGAGAUUUGCACGUUGUGGAUCGCGACCGGCUGCUGAAAACGCUACUCGACCAGAUGCCAAAGAUCACCCGGGAACUCAUCCGCCUAAUCAAGCGAUGGUUCAAAACCCGCAUCUAUUGUGAGGAAAAAUCCCCCCUCCCCAUAUCGAAAACGUACGUAGCAGAAAAUUUGCAAUGCUGAUUUGCGACCACAAAUCAUCUCUGUCUUGCAAGAAGGCAACUCCACAGGCUCCGCCGCUUUAUGCAGGCGAUUUGUGACGCUGUUGGGCCUACAGCGCAGACGUUUCUCAUGCUAAGAGCCUAGCCCGAAACCUCUCGGCUCAGGCUUGGUAUGGGCCUGCAGUCCUCUCCAGCAAGACAAAUCUGAUCUCUGUACGCAAAUCCAGCGCCACAAACUUCGUUUUGAUAUGGGGUGGGGGAUUUUUCAUUUUGAUAGCAUCAAGCUCGUCGGCAGCAGUCGCAGCGGAGGCUUGAACUCGGUUACACUGACAAUCCUGGCGUUGAAGUUCCUUUUUGACUGGAACAUCGACGUGUUUGCGAUUGAAAAGAAAGUGGAAGAAGGUAGUAGCUGUCGGACUGGUAGUUGUACAACAUCAGCGGGAGGUCUUGUAAAUGCGCCAGUUGCAGCAGCAGCAGUACCUCCAGCACUAGGACAUCAAGCUCAAGGGCAGCCUCUAUCAGGCAACGCGGAGGAUGAGAUCAUGAAGCCGAAAAGUAGAAGAUUUUUCCAUCUCGAAGUCCUUCGUCUCUUUUUCAAGUUUUUGCAGUAUCUGUGCGAAUUUUAUGAAAACGCAGUGACACCUCGCCCAGGAGGAGUAGAGCAACAUGCAGUGGAAAAACCGGCGGACUUUUCACCUAGCGGAGGAGUUACCAGUGGUGCAGCGAGUACGGAAACAAUGCCUAGUAACAACAUCGUGCACAUGCACAGGCUGGUGCUGAAGGAUAGUAGUCACGUCGAAGGAGCCAAUGCCAAAGAAGACCCUCAGGACCCCCGCCGCGAUGAUCCGAUGUCGCCGUCAAUGGGCGGGUUUCCUGCGUCGGAGCAAGAACGCAUCAUCAAAAACAACCUCCCCUACCAUUUCGAGCACUCCCCGCUCCCGGUCGACGAUGCGAGUCUGUUGAACGAGAAUAUGCUCUUUUUCCUGCAGGACCCGGGAGUCGAUUUUGAGAAGGAAGAGCAGAUGAAGAGCAUCGCAUUAGGGGAUUUUGUAGAGGAGUUGGCGACUGGAACUGGAACUGCUUCUGGGCAACAGCAGCAACACCAGCAGCUUCGCCGUGGAGUGGUCACGAAGAUUAUCAAACGCAAAUAUGUCUGGGUCUGGAAGGAUGCAAGGUCUGUCAUGCACAUUUUGCAUGACUCCUGACGUCUGUGAUGCAUGCCACAGCAUCACAGAUUUUGUGAGGUCUCCCUGAUGCCUAUACCGCAUUAGAAAUGCCCUCUCGCUGUGGCAAAAACUGGACCUCUUUUACUGUUCAUGCAAUACAGAUUUUCAGAGUAUCCAAAUGCAGCAUCACAAGUUGCAACCUUCCAGACGCAGACAUAUUUGCAAUGCAUAAAGAUUGUGUUGCAGCAGUCCGAUGUCAAUCACGACGGCCUAGACGGUAUCGUAUUUAAAAACGUCCCCACCACAUAGUUGUAAUGCAAAUCUGCAUGCUGAAAAUGUUUCUCAUGCAGAGCCCCAUGAGAAGCGUUUUCUAGUCGUGUUUUGCGGUUUGUCAUGCUCCAAUCAGCAUGACAUACUAGAUCUGUGAUGCUGCUCCUCAACUAGCUCAAACAGCAGUACACCACGAGUUGAAAUUUGUCAUGCGAAACAGCCAAAACUUGUGGAUUUGUCUAGCCGAUUCCCCAUCUUGACUAUGUGGUGGGGACGUUUUUACAUGGGAUAGACGGCACCAGCUCUUUCUACGGAGCUGGAGCAGGCGGGGUCACGAAUUUCAUUUCGCCACAAGGGGGAUCAUUAUACGGUAGCGGCGGGAUGAUGAAUUCCACCGGUUUAUUGUCUGGACUUUCUGCGCAAGGAGCGGCCCAUGCUGCAAGCGGUAAUAAUAACCGUAUCAUCCAGAUCACGCAGCCGGAUUUUUUAGAUAAGAUUUAUCAAAAGGAAAAAUCCCCCCACCCCAUAUCGAAAACGAAAUUUGUGAUGCUGUAUUUGAGUACACAAAACGAGUUGUAAUGCUAGAAGCCCAAGAGCCGCAGGCGUGGCCUCGUUUGCAGGCAAUUUGUCAUGCUGUUUCCCACUUCCAGCUGCCUCCUGUCAUGCUGAAGAUGCAAAGCCAUCCCACGCCACCCUGCACGACAGUCCGCAUCUUUUCCCUUCUAGCAUGACAAGCUGAUUUGUGACCACAAAUCUGCAUCACAGAUUUCCGUUUCGAUAUGGGGAGGGGGGAUUUUUCUUCUUGAUAAGAUUGAGGUGAAGUUCUCGAGUAGUACUUCUACAGGUGGAACUAUCCAAGAAAAAAACUGUGUAAGUGUAAAUCUGUGAUGCAGAACAUGAAACAGAGUUACACCUGUCAUGCCAGACAUCCAUGCAGUCCUCCUUUCAUGUGUGUUUUCCCUUACAAAUCACGCAUGACAGGUUUUCUGUGUCAUGUAGAGCAAACUUGUGAUGCUGUCAGCCAAGGAAAGUUACACUAGCACAGUUUUUUUCUUGGAUAGGAACGAAAGGUAGUACAGCAAGUAGUACAACUACUUCUCAAAUGAUAAAAAAGGAAUUCCUAGCCGAGGAAAUUUGGAACGUCGAGGUUUUCCAACUGACAGAGCAGACCGCGUUGCACGACAUGUUUCUGCAACAACCCAUCGGGAUUCUCGGGAAGGGGAGCAAAGUGCUAGUUUUGUCCUCGAAAUCCUGCUCCCCCGAAGGGCCAGAGACCGACAACACGUGCGCCGCGGCCGGGAGCGAAGGCACAAGCAGCAACUGCAUCGUGAAGGUCCGGGUUUUGUCCGGGGUGGCGCCAAAUGUGAAUGCGGCGACGAUCAUGAGCAGUAGUUCGGGUGGAGGAGCUUCUUCUACGAAUGCAGCAGGUAGAGGCACGACCUCGUCAGGUGUAUCAGUCGCGGGUAGGAGGAAACUGAGCUCUGCUGCGCCGGAAUUCUGCCCGGGAGCGGACAGCGUCCCGGGAUACGACCCGGAGUUUUGCUCCUACACGGGUGCUAGCGCUUCUAUGCACGAUCAACAAAGCAUAGACUUUGCAGCCUUGCACCAUCAUAUGAGCGGCUUAUCGGAGGAAAAAAGACGAGCUGCUUGUUUUUCACCACAACUUCUGUGGAUGGGACGAUUUUGAUUUUGCAGGAUCGGUAUGGGAAAAAUAGUCGCUGUCACGCAUGGCAAAUAGACAGAAUCUGGUCUGCUCGUGUUGUUCUAAGGAUAUGGAACCUGGCGACAUCGAGCAGCGGUGUCUUUCGUAUUUUUUCUAGCGAAAUUAUGCAAAUACCUCUGCGGAAAUUCUGCAUCGUCAUAUUGCAUUCACGACCCAUCGCACUGAAGAAGUUAGUAGAAGCAGUAAUUUUUCCUCACGAUGCAACUCCUCAUGGGCGGACCAUUUCAAUGUCGCAGAGAGUUUCUCGCAAGAGGGCCACCCGUGGGACGCCAGCAUGCACGAUGGUGGCGGCGCUACUAGAGCGUCUCACUGGGGCACGGGUGUAGCGGCAGCCGCUGCAUACGGCGAUCCACACAUGGCCAGCACUGCGACGAAUGGCUCUACAGCCAGUAGUUUUUUAGACUUGAGCAGUUUCUUCGCCGGAGGAGCCAUAGCCUCCACCGCCACGGCAGCGCUGCAGCGGGGAAAAAUCGGGUGGGUACCAAGAAGAGCCCUGAAGAAACUGUCGUCAUCAACAACGUCAGCUUCGUCCACUUCCAGCAGGAAAAAAGUGAAGAUCAAGCCGUACAAAAACGUGUUAAUCCCGACGAAGUUCCACCUCCCGCGGAUGCUCGACACCUACAACCACGCCUUGUAUACGUUGGGCAAGAUGCUCAGCAACAAAGUCUUCCGAGAAGGAAUUUUCUUCCCGGAGAUAUCGGCGGUUGUUCAUAACGCGCCGCUGGGAAAAGAGAAGAAGAACCCAUUGCUUGAGAAAAACGCAGCCUUGAUAGCGUUACUCCGAGGGGUUGAAGAGGAAUUUUGGCAGUGGCCACUACAGGAAAUAAUAACUACUCCAUCUCAACAAGAACGACCGUACAGCACCAGAUCUAUGCCCUACGAACUGCUUCCAGAAGGAAGAACUCCAGCCGGCUUGUUCCCCUUCGCUGAAACCAGUUCCUCGUUUCCCGCCCUCAGUAGCACUACCACAGCUGCGAGGACCUCCUCCGGGCAACAACAGCCGCCGCAUCCACUUCACGGGCCACAGCACGCAGACAGUCAGCCACUUCUACAGCUGCCGACCGAAGCAACACGUGGCGACAGUCGGAGAUCGUCUGGAAAUAAACCGGUUUCAUCAGCCUCAUCUGUGUGGGAUAACGUUGAUAUCGUUGAUGAUAUUAAUCCCGCCUCGUUCGCUGCAUCUUCAAGACCACCAACUACAUCUACGUGGUUUAUCGAGACCAUCCGAGAAGAAAUUCUCACCCGGUGUCCCAAAUUGGCCCUGAAAGCCAUUCUGACGAGCAAAGGGCACACCGCGUUUAAGCAAGGCCCGCCGGUUGGGGUGCACCUACAGGUGUUAUCUGCAGCAGCGAAACAUGGAGCAGUUGCUGGUGGCGCAGGUGGUGCAGGAGCCUCAUCAUAUCAAAUGCAAAUAUGUCUGGGUCUGGAAGAAUGCAAGAUUUGUCAUGCAUAUUUCUCAUGACCCAUGAAAUGAUGCCUGUAAUGCUUGACCUAGCAUCGCAGACUUUUAUAGGGCUUCCUGAUGCACCUUCCGCAUGAGAAAUGCCCUGUCCGUGUAGCACAAAUUGUACCCCUCUUGCUGGUCAUGCAAUACAAAUUUUUUUAGAGUCCAAAAACAGCAUGACAAGUUGCAUUCUUGUUCCAGACCCAGACACUUUUGCAUUUGAUACCUCAUCAGGCGGAACUACAAGUGCGGAGGAGGAAAUGUACGCCGACCGAUUGAAACAGAUUGUAGAGGACAUAAGGAAACUAGCCACUGCUAGAAAUAGUUGUACCACCAGCGCAACAAGUGUUGCAUCGUCAGUCGUGACCGCUCAACAACAACAAGCUUUAAUAAAUCCAGUGGAAAGCAUUCUAAAUCCGCCACUAGAUGUUGAUCGAGAACAAGCACCACUAGUACCGGCAACUGGGCCGGCCGGGCCGGCUGUAUUAACUUCGGCGUUUUUUUCUUCUCAUGGGCGGAAGCAGCAGGAUACUAACACUAAGGCAGCGCCAGGUCAAGGUGGGACCACGGGGGGAUAUCGAAUGUAAAAAUGUCUGGGUCUGGAAGAAUGCAACUUGUGAUGCUGCGUCUGCAUUAUCCAAAAAUCUGUAUUGCAUGAACAGCAAAAGAGGUCUGGUUUUGGCCACGGCGAGAGGGCAUUUCUCAUGCUUUAUAGGCAUCACAAAGCCCUCACAAGAUCUGUGAUGCUAGGGCAUGCAUCGCAGACAUCAGGAGUCAUGCAAAAUGUGCAUGACAAACCUUGCAUCCUUCCAGACCCAGACAUUUUUGCAUUUGAUAGGGGAAGGAAAAAAACAAAUCCGAUGGAGGAAAAUUGGAGCCACCCGAAAUGGAUAUCAAAUGCAAAAAUGUCUGGGUCUGGAAGAAUGCGCGGUUUGUCAUGCUGCUUUUCCAUGACCCAUGAGGUCUGGAAUGCAGGACCUAGCAUGACAGAUUCUGCGAGACCUUUCUAAUGCCUAUCCUGCAUGAGAAACUACCUCCCGACUUGGUAAAAAAUGGACGACUUUUGGUAAUUAUGCAACACAGAUUUUUGCAUGCUUCAGAUUUAGCAUGACAAGUUGCAAUCUUCCAGACCCCGACACUUUUGCAUUUGAUAAUGGAAUUAUGAUAGCAGUUUGAUAUUGAAACUGGGGGAAAAAGAACCAAACUGUACUACUUCCGGCCACGAACAGGCCUCGAUUUCCCUCUGGGCCCUAGUCGCUCGGACGAUUGUCAUCCGAGAAGCAUGAUCGCACAACGGGAAAUCAACGUUUAGAAGAAGACUACAUGCAUUUAUUACGUACUUCUAUAUGAUAGCAGAAUUUGGAAUUCAAUAGCAAAUAAUUCGCGGCCGGACAGCCGCAGGGCAUUUCAUUGUUCGUAAAAUCACAGUCAUAAACUUUUUCUUCAUAGCCGUUCGCUCCGGCUCUUACAGUGAUCUACUCUACUUUUGGACUUUAUACAUAAUUGCAACUCUUUUAUCAGAAAGCGCAACGAGAGGACUCACAAAUCCGUGCAAGGUCACGGGUACUAGACAAUCGCGCUUUUUAAUGAAACAUAACGACGCACUUCGUACGUUUCUAUGCAAAAUAGAAGCUUACCCGAAAAUGAUAUGUCGACCACCUACAAUUAGCGAUGCACCAUGUAGCUACACACCCAGCUGGCAAGGCCAGGCUUUUGAAAUGUAAUGCUGGCCAAGAUUUUGACGUUGCCGGGGCAGCUUUCUCGUAGAAGGACGAAAUCCUCGAAAACAAGGCAAAAGAUAGGAAGAAAACACGCCUUAGACGAGCUUUUGAUGAGCGUAGCAUUUUCAAUAACAGACGCGUGUGCAGAUAUUUUUUUGUAGAAGUUGUAAUAAUAGUACGACUACCAAAACCAAAUGAUACGACUUUGUCGCUCGCUCGCUCGCGCCUUCUAGAUAUAAUACAAAUUUCAGAGCACUGCUCUACUUCUCGGACAUUGUAAUUUUUUUACUGACACCACACCUAGUGAUUGCUCAAAAUAUUUUUUUUACAAAAUGAAUAUCAUUGUCAACGGCCUGUUUUUUCUUUUUCAAAAUAGAGAAGGAUACUCUCGAUGCCUAGGCCAAGUUUUGAUUUUAGACGUUUUUCCUUUUUGUGCCGGAAGAUGAUAAAGCGCAGUGCAAAUUUUUAUGACUACACAAACAAUGGAAGCAGCGAUUUAAUAAGCUGUACACAUCUAGAGACGAUAUUCAAUGAGCGAAAAUUUUAUGAAACCUCGCAAAGGUUCUGAAACUACAUUGCGACAUGACCACGACUGAUUCGCAAGUUUGCAACGAUGAUUUUGAACAUACAGGGC